AUGCUGCCCGCUCAGUCCUGCCUGCCGGCCGCGGGCCGCGGGCUCUGGCCAGACCCCCAGUCGAGGCCGCGCCUCGGCUUGAGCCUGCCGGCCGCGGGCCGCUGGCCUGUGCUGGGCGCCCACUCCCCGCCGUCUGUGCGCUCUCUGCUGGGGCCGGGCACCGUAGCUGCUGCGCACUGCCCGGUGGCUGGUGCCCCGGCCCGACGCAGCGGCGCCUGGCGACGGGCGCGUGCCGUGACGCUCUCUCCUGUCUCCUCAGAGAAGCUGGCCAGCCCUCCAGCCUCGGCCGCCGCGUCCAGCCCUAGCUCCUCUCCGUCUCCUCAGCCCGUGUCGGAGCCUGACGUGUCCUCAGAGCCACGCCAGCCCCCCGCCAAGGGAGCCGGCUUUCCCUCCGUCCCGGGCGGCAAGAGCCCCAUGGUGGAGCAGGCCGUGCAGACCAGCUCUGUCGACAGCCUCAACGCCAAGAAGCUGCUCCCCAGCAAGGCCGCCGUGGGCACCCAGCUCAACGGCCGCCCUGCCCAGCCGGCCGGCAAGGCCACUGGCGACGCGGCGCAGCCGGCGGCGCAGACGCAGGGGCAGGUGAACGACGAGAACAGGCGGCCGCAGCGGAGGAGACCAGGGAACAGACGGACGAGGACCCGCUCCAGGGGCCAGAACCGGCCCGCGAGCGCCAAGGAGAACACCAUCAAGUUCGAGGGCGACUUCGACUUCGAGAGCGCCAACGCCCAGUUCAACCGCGAGGAGCUGGACAAGGAGUUCCGGAAGAAGCUGAACUUCAGAGAUGAGAAGGCCGAGAAGGGGGACGAGGAGGACGCGGCGGUGGUGGCGCAGAGCGAGGAGGCCCCGGCCGAGGACGGCCACCUGGGGCCCAGCCGCUACUACGACAAGUCCAAGUCGUUCUUUGACAACAUCUCCUCGGAGCUCAAGGCCAGUUCCAGGCGGACCACGUGGGCUGAGGAGAGGAAGCUCAACACGGAGACCUUCGGGGUGUCGGGGCGGUUCCUGCGUGGCCGCAGUUUCCGGGGCGGGUUCCGAGGUGGCAGGGGCAGCGGUGCUGCCCGGCGCAACCCCACUUCUCACAGAGCAGGGACCGGCCGGGUGUGAGGCAGGAGGCCCCUGCUGGAGCAGCCUGGACUAGGGGUGGGCCGGCGCCCGUCACCUGCCGGAGGCCCGGGCCCUGAGCUGCUGCUUCGCUGGACCUGGCCUCAGGCUGCGCGAGCCUGGGGGUGGGCACCGCCGCAGCGGCCGCCUUUCUAGUUGGCACAGCCUGACCCUGAGGUCUUGGCGUCCGGGGCGGGCGGGUGAGGGCUCCGCGCAGAGGCCUGUCCGCACUUUGCGGCAGCUCUGGUUGGCGAGCGCAGCAGCUCCCUGGCGAAUGUGGCCGGCGCCAUCUCUGCCGCCACCGGCCCGGUGCUGCUGGCCCGGCACCUAGGCGGGCGUGGCCCAGCACCCAGGGCCGGGCAGGGGCACUAUCAUGUUGAGCCCCCAGCUGGCCCUGAGGUGCCCAACGGGGGUCCUGGCUUAUGGGCGCCCACGCCCGCUCCAAGCCUGACUGGCAGGAGGGGAUGGCCAGGAAGGGCCCAGGACGAGCCCCAGGCCCCCUGUGGCCAGCAGGGCAGCGCUGGACUGGGGAGCCCGGCGCGGCGGCUCGCCCACUGGACCGAGCCAGGUGGGCUGGCCGGGCACCUUCUCCUCAACUGUAAAUAGUUGUCCUGUGUUCUGCAGGUGGGGGGCGGGCGGGCUGCAUGGGGGGCAUGUGCCUGCGGCGGGCGUGGCGCGGCCACGGUCCUCGGAUGGAGGCCGCGGGCUGUUAGUUGCCGCACAAGCUUGGGUUUAUUUUUGUAGGACUCUGGCUCAGAACUAGAACGCAGCAGGGGUCACUGUCGGGGCAAUGUAAAUUGUGACUAUAAAUAAACACGCAAACCUGCA